ACAGAACAACCUGAAGCGGAGAAAAGCACAUUGCCUAUUACCUCUGGGCCGGUCAUCUACAGUGUUCACGCUUUCUCUCUUUGUCUCUCUUUCCAUGCACCAGGUGAGUUUACCACUCAUUGUUCGGGUUUCUCCCAGGUGCCUUCACAUUGAUAAGAAGUCUCAAUGGUCACAACGCUUCUUCUAAUUCUCUCACGCCACUUGAGCUACCUAGCAGGUCAAGGCAAGAGGAAUGAGAGGUGGAACAAAUUGAAGAAAAAUGAGUGACCGGACUCCUUGGAAGCGAUUAGCAUCACUCUCGCUGGACUACAAACACAGUGCCGCAAUUCGUCUAGUGAUGUGUGACAAACGUGUUUUUUAAACCCUGUCCGCUCAAGAUAAACGGAGAUACUAUGAGAAACGUCUUGAGGACUGUCACCCUGUUGUGAUUAAAAUGUGACCAGGAAGUAUUUUGCUAUUAUGCUCCAGAGGAAUACAUCUAUCUUCACCAGUGCGGAGGAGUGUUGAUUUUCCGGAUUGCCUAAUUGCUACUUUGGUUUUGGGAAGCGUGCCCUGGAUUUUAUGAAACAAGGGGAAAGAGGAGUUCUUCUGGUUUGGCUCAGGUAAAGAGGGAUGAAAUUAAAUACAAUUUGAAAAGACUGCUUGGUUCUGAGUUAUGACUGGGAAAAGGGAGUGUGCAACCCUAGUGGAGGUACACCACAGGACCAGACUGUUGUAUCAAACUCAUUUAUUUUGCUAUAAAACGAAGGGCAGUUGGCUUUUGAAACAAACAGCUUUGGACACGCAAAUUUUGCUCAAGCCUCUGCAUAUUUCAGCUGUUUUCUUCAUCUUCCAGAGUGUGUAAGGAUGAGGAGGGACAAGAGUUCUGGUUCUUUCCGUAAGGAUAUUAAGGAGAAGCCCGCCAGUCUGUCCCGAGCCCUGAGCUGGCUGAGCAUAUCCUCUCUGCCCCGACCAACCCGACGCAUCUUCCUCAGUCCGUCGGAGCUUCACGCUCACUCUCACUCACGUACACACUUGCCUGGCAGACAGGAGGAUGAUGAUGACUGGGUGUAUAAGCCACAACAUCAUCGUACAGGCAAAGCGGUUUCUAACCUGGAUGAGGAGAGUAAGUGGACUGUACACUACACCGCCCCGUGGCACCAGCAGGAGAACGUCUUCCUGCCCGGCAGCAGACCCCCCUGUGUAGAGGACCUGCACCGCCAGGCCAAGGUAAACCUCAAGACUGCACUGAGAGGAUGUGACAAGUUGAGGAAGGAUGGUUUCCGUAGCUCUCAGUACUACUCCCAAGGCCCCACCUUCUCUGACAGGGCAGACUCCCUCAGCACUCUGCAGGAUGACCAGGACGACACUGAUAAGAAGUCCACAGCUUCGUCUGCAGAGGACAGCAGGUCCCUGCACUCUAUGAGGCCCCAGACCCCCCAGGAGGAGGAGGGUAUAGACGAGUGUGACGGACAGGUGCACCGCCACAAGGCCCCACCCCUGCCCACCCCAGAAGAGAAGAUGAGGAUGCAGGCCCAGGCCGUGCCCACUGACAUCAUCCCCAUCAACGUCACAGCGGCAAAAGGACGUGGUGGCGAGCUUCGGCCACAUUCCAUGUUCAUUCCCGGACAAUAUUCCACGCUGGGCAGAGUCGGGAACAUGAACUCGUCGCUCCAGCAUUCCGAAACCAGAGAUUCAGGUUGCCAGACGGAGGAGGUGAAGAUCGUUCCACCGUCAAUGCGGAGAAUCAGGGCUCAGCGGGGACAGGGGAUUGCAGCCCAGAUGGCGGGAAUAUCCACUUCCUCAUCUACUGGAAGCAUCUCCAGUAACAACGGUUGUUCCGGGAAGGUGAACCUAACUUCCCAUCCGAACGGAGACUCCCAGCGCUUUCACAGUCUUCCCAGACAAGGGGCCAGGGUGUCUCUCAGUACAGAGCCCAUCUACAGCAGCACCCCCAUCAGACCGGACGACCACACUGUGCCCCAUGGGCAGAUUGGCAAGCUGCAGGUGGACGACACAGUGGUGCAUCUGAGAAACGCUCCCCGGACGGGAACCCUGCGGUCCAUGUCCCAGGAGGUGCGUGGUUCCCCCACACAGACAGGAGAGUGGGGAGCUGGACCGGCAUGUGUAGUGUCCCCCCACACUGCAUACUCCACGUCCAUCCUCUCCAAUGCGACUAUGUCCUCCUCUGCCGAGGUUGUGGCCCUCAACACAUCAUCCACCCAACACUCCCAGUCUCCCAGGAUGAUCUACCCCACAUCUAGGCCACUCAGCCUGGCCGCAGACCACCUGAGCUCUACCUCCUUCACCCAGAAGAACUCCUGUGCAGGCCCUGCUACCUCAACCAUGACACACAUCCAUCCCCAAGAAGGAGGGGUGGUGGCCCUAGGAACACCCAGUGAAUCUGGCCGCUCAGAUGGCAGCUUGCACAGCCAUAGCAGCACUGUUGCCGCAACGACACCGUUAUCAGCUGACGACCAAUGGUCGAUCUAUGACACGCCGGAGAACGUUGUGCCGCCACUGCGCACUCUGACCUCUAGUUGUUCCACACCCAUCAACCACUUGUGCAGCAGCCUGGAGCUGUCAUCGCGCACAGAGAUGUCAUCCCGGACCACCACUGACUCCAGCUCCCUGUACUCCCAGGAUAAUGAUGGCUACUACACCUCCAUGCACCUGGACUCUGGCCUGCGCUCCCGGAGCCACGGAAGUGGGCAGGGCCAUGGGACGCCAGCCGGCAGGACAGCUAGGCACAGCAUGUAUGAGUGCCGUGAGCUGGCCAGCCAUGAGGAAGACUCUAACAGGCUAUACAGCGACCGCUCGCUCUCCCGCAGCAUCUCCCUCCGCAAGGCAAAGAAGCCGCCGCUCCCCCCUGCUCGGACAGACUCCCUCCGCCGCAAACCUGGAGGUAAGAAGCCCCUGGGUGGCGUUAGCACCAUUAGCGGAGUUAGCGCAAACGGCUCGGUUCUGAACGAGUCCCUGAUUGCUAGCCUGCAGCAGAGCCUUCAGAUGGGGUUGAGGGGGGUUGAGGGAAAGGGCGUGUCCCCCUCCUCACCCUCCCACAGUCCCUGCAGCGACUACGAGGACCCCUGGUUGUUGCGGUCCCGGAGCCAGAGCAGUGUCAGCGCCGCUAGCUCCGCUGCAUCGCUAGCAGCUAAUGGUGUGGCAGUGGGUAACGUGUACUCACUAUGUAACGUUACACCGGCGCACAGUGACACAAGCCUGCGCUCGGACUACGCAGAGUCCUGGGGAUACUACAUGGAUUACCCCUGUAGCAAUGGAGACCAGGGGCCGCAAUCCCCCUCCACGCACCAGCACCACCCCGCAGCGGGGGCACACCCACAGGGUCUGUCGAAUGGAAGCGGGGUGGUCCACAAUCAAAACAAUACCCAGGCCCAGGUUCCUCCAGCCCAGGAAGGUGGUGUGGCUGUCAAGCCCAAGACCUCCUCCCCAGACCGAGUCCACAGACUGACCUCCCCUUCCAGCGGCUACUCUAGCCAGUCUAACACCCCCACGGCCGGCACCCCGGUGCCCUCAUUUAUGCGGGCACACUCCCCAUCGGGGCGGUCCAAGCCCAAAGUGCCUGAGAGGAAGUCCUCGCUCCUCUCGUCCAUUUCGAUCUCCUCGUCCUCCACCUCCCUCUCAUCAAAUGCCUCAGACUCUCUCAGGAACUCUUGCCACCCUCCGCCUCCCCCGCACCCCACACCUCCCACCGUAGAACUCAGCACACCCAUCAGCCCCCCGCCCUCUUUCCCUGCUCCUCUCCCCCCAUCUGGCCCUAGCUCUCCCCCUCUGCCCCAUGAUCUCCCAUUAGUCACAAACCCUCAGGGCGCAGCCAUAAGUCUGCCCCUUUGUUCCACCUCUCCAGACUUUCCUCCACCUCCUCCCCCAGAGUCUCUCAUCCACCCCAAUGCCUCCUUCAACAGGUCCCUCAGUCCUCCCCCUCCUCCUCCUCCAUUUCCUUCCAUAGUCUUCUCACCCCCACCACCUCCACCACUCCCUGUCCCUGCUCCACCCACAGCCUUGCCUCUCAACCUGAAGGCAGGAAGGAACGCUAUCAACCCAGCUACGGUCCCCAACAGCCCAGCUGCCAAAGAGGCUGGAAUGUCCCCCAUGCUCCUUAUAACCUCCUUUGCACUCCAGAGUGUGCACCUCCGGUCAGUCAAGCGGCCAGAGAAGACACAAAUUGCGGGAGACCAGGUCCAGUCCCUUAUGCCCCAGAUAGUGGAGCUUAAGCGUGCUGAGCAUCCCACCACACUUCCUCUGAAGAACUCUACCGAACCAGCGGAAGUUACCAAGGCCUCUUCAUCUGCAAAGAAAAUUGCUGAUAUGCUCGCGGACAGGAGCAACUAUGAGGCGCUUCCAGGCAAUGCUGUCCUAAAUGGCAAGCCUGAGAAACAGUCAAGCAACUUGACCCAACCAGACACGGAGCUGUUCUCCCUCUUUGGCACCUUUGAAGAGGCAGUCAAAAGCUCUUCAGUCAAACAAAAACCUCCAGUGGUCUCCAAGAAGCCUGAACUGUCCCUCUCCCCUGUCGUCCCCCAGCUAGCAGAGAAGACUCCCCCAGCUAGCCCCACACUACAUGCCCUAGAGGAGAUGACCUGCUCCUCUGAAGAAGACCAGGUGGAUGCUAAAGUAAGCAAAGGAGAGAAUGACAAAGAGGAAAAAGUUAAGGAGAAAGAGGAGGUUUCGGAGAGUUGCUCAGCUCUGAGUAGUGAACCCUGCGCCAUCCUGGAAAGCCAGCAGAAGACCCAGCCCCAAGCCACUGUCACCCAGGAGACAAGCCUCACUGAGGGGCAGGGGGCAGAUGUUCAGACUGAAGAAGAAGAAGAAGAAGAUGAGGAAGAUGGAGAUGGAACCAGCAGUAACAGUGGAUCAAUCAGCUCCAAGGACGACGAGAGUGGUGAUGUGUUUUACCCCAUCAGCGCCGCUGAGUCUUCACCAGGCACUAGCACCAAAAGGACCCCCCGUCGGGGGGACAUGGUGACCCCCACACGUCCGCGGACCACCGAGGACCUCUUCGCUGCCAUCCACAGGUCCAAGCGGAAGGUCCUGGGUCGCAAAGAGUCAGAGGAGGAAAAGUCACGGGGCAACUCCCCCUGCCCGUCUCCCCCCGUCACCCCUACGGGGGCCUCCCCCACCCUGGUAUCCCCGCUGCCAAUGGGCAGACAGACAGGUUCCAUUCAGCGAAACCUGCGCAAGUCAGCCACCAGCAGCGACACUUUCAAGGCCCUGCUCCUGAAGAAGGGCAGCCGCUCAGAGACCAGCUUCCGUAUGUCAGCAGCCGAGAUGCUGCGUUCAACAGACCCGCGCUUCCAGAGAACGUGCUCUGAAUCCUCCCUGGACCCGCCUUCUUCGCCAUCGUCACCAGGCCACAGCCCUUUCGCAUCGCCGGGCCGUGGCAAGAGGGCGCUGGAAGAUUGGGCCCGCAACGAGGGCCUAUCCUACUCCUCCGCCUCAUUGACGUCGUUGCCGUCACUCAGCGGAAUGAGGUACGGCCGAUCGAGGACGCCGCCCUCCGCUGCCAGCAGCAAGUACAAUGCACGCAACCGCAUCCUGAGCAGCCCAAUGACGGUCAUCUGUGAGCGCGAGGGGGAGUUGGCUGAGAGUGCGGAGUACGGAGACAUCCCUGAUGGACAUCCCAGACCCCUGUCCACACCCCUGCUCCAGGACUGUAACGGCACUUUAUCAGAGAGUGGCAGCAGUUAGAUAGGAAACACUGCCCCUGGAUAAAGGGAGCUGAACUCAGCCAGUGAGAGGCCCUACAGUGGCCCCUGUGUCCUCCAGUGCCUCCCCCCCCACCCCCCCACUCCAGGUCCUACAGGUUUUGGACCUGAACUGCCCUGUGGCCUUUACAGACUGACCAACGUUGUACUUAGACGGAAUUGGAGACCAGCAAAACUGCAGCUUUUCAAUACAUAUUUUCCUCACGCAUCUCAUUUUGAUAACCCAUCUCUUGUGUUACCAAAAAGUUAUACUAUUCAGUACGAUCUACGCCUGAUUAUCCCAGUUUUUGUUGGUUUGCUCCUUUUUACUUUCCUGUUAGAGCUUCAAAAGGUGCUGAUUGUAGGCAGGGUUGGUUCCUGUAGUUUUUAGAAGGUUUCUCUAAAAACUAAGGACUUGGUUAAGGGAAAAGCUAAGGUGACAUGAAGGAGAAAAAAAAGUUGUUUUGAUUUCACUGUAGUGGUGCCAGCAAUUAAGCAGUGGAAAGUGAAACUCAGAGGUGUGUUAGAUAAAGGCUAAAAUGCGUGUAAAAUAAUGUGUAUUUCUGCUGGGCUUGCAACCUGUCUCCUGUUUACUCAAGUCUAGAAAGCAUUUACACACCAUGGCUAGCGAGAAUGUAUUUCAAGACAUUUUAGAACAUGUCGCCAAAGGUUCCAAAACAGGACAAAUAAAGGUGCCAGAACACAGCAUUAGCUGUGGUUCUUGUCAGGUUCUUCUUUGAGGUCUUUGAAGUCAGUGGAUUAAUAGUUUGCGAGGUCUGGAACUUUCAAUUGUCAAGGGGAGACUCUGAGGGCUCAUGACUGCUCUCUAGGUGACGACAUCCAUGGACAAAGGCUCUAUACAGAACAAUCAAUAUGGUGGAUCAAAAAUGGUGGUUUGAAAAACCAGGGAGUGGUUUGGAAUUUUAGUUUGUAGAUUUGCACUGUCUGUAUGUGUUUCCUUUUUCUUUGUUCAUGUACUUAAAAAAAAAACUGUGUGUUCAGAAUUGUUUUACGAUGUCUGUUUAUAACUUACACAUUUGGAAAUGAAGAAUGAGUCCUUAAAAAAGUAAAAUGAAAACUUACUUUGGAAAAAAGUGUCAUUUGUGAUCCUUUUGGUUACCAAUGAGCUAAGCAAAUAAGUGUAGUGUACUGUUUUUGCUUUCACUGACUUCAUCUGAAUCUUUGAACACAUUGGACCAGAUGUAAUUGACCAUGGUCCAGCAUAGUGGAGAUGACCUAAUAAAAUUAUUUAGAACUUACGAUUAAUAUCAUGCUGUUUACCUUUCUACUAGGUUUCUUUCCCUGCACAAUUUUAUAAGGUUCUUUAUAUAAAUACAGAGAAAGGUGUUACAUUUAAUUUAAUUUCAAAUUCUUUGUACAUUAGAGUCCUUGUUUUUGGAAAGCAGUGGUUUUCUUUUCGUUUCCUUUUAUAUACUAUUUAUUUUCAAGUUGUGGGGUUGUGACGUGGUACUCCAGAGCCAGCCAGCAGCCAGGUCAAGGGUCUGAAAGAAAAGGUCUUGGGGCAGGGAAGGAUCAAGAGGUGAAAGGUCAAGUGAAUACGCGUGCACGCAGUUAACAGACCCGGUUUACAGAGCUAAAGCAAAUAACUAAAACUUUUUUUGGUACAACUGAAGGGAUUUAUAAAGUUUAGCUUGAGUUUUUUGGCGCUUAAUAGUAAAUAUUUCCCCCUGGUGCAAAAGCUCAGGAAAUCUGGCCCGGUUUAUUUGCAAGUUGAUGACUGUGAGUCUAUGUAUGCUAUUCCCGCUGAGUAACAACAUUGACUAAAUCACCUGUCUCACAAAGUUCAGAUCCAGUCAUGAUUGAGAGUUUGUCUCAGCCCGACUCCCAAUAGGAGUUUAUGACGUCUCACUCUCAACCUUGCUGAUUAACAAGGAAGAUGACCAAGUGCUGAGAAAGAGACUUGACAGAUUCAAGAGUGACGGAAGGGUGCGGUUUUAAAGGGAGAAGAGAGUCAGGCUGCUAGCCCUUGUGUAUGUCCAUGUAAUAAAGUAUGGCGAUAUUUAAAGA